CAAUCCAACUCUUCCAUCCAUCAGAACCUCAUAUCAAAAUGUGUGGCAAAGAAUGAGAUAGCCCUCUCUGCAAAGAUUUACACUCUCGGCCCCUCAAAUCCCACACACUCUUGAAAAUCCCAGCUCCAGAGAACAAACAGAAACCAGAAAGAAAGUAGUAGAGUCGCCAUGGCCAACAUGAUCAUGGCCUCCUCCAAAGUACCCAUUUCUUCCCCUUCCCCGUCUCCCAUUUCGAAGCCCAGAAUCCCAAUCCAAAUCUCCAUCCCCAAACUCCCAACCCUCCCAAAACUCUCCAAGUCCCAUAUUCUCUCCCUCUCGUCGUCCCUCUCCGUUAUCGCAGCCACCUCCCUCUCAUGGGCCCCGCCCUCCUUGGCGGAGGAGAUAGAGAAGGCAGCCCUCUUCGACUUCGAUCUCACCCUCCCCAUUCAAAUGGUGCAGUUCCUGCUUCUCAUGGUGGCCCUGGACAAGCUCUACUACAGCCCGCUCGGGAAAUUCAUGGACGAGAGAGACGCGGCGAUCAGAGAGAAGCUGGGCAGCGUGAAGGACACUUCGGAGGAGGUGAAGCAGCUUGAGCAGCAAGGCAUCGCCAUCAUGAGAGCUGCGAGGGCUGAGAUAUCGGCGGCGCUGACCAAGAUGAAGAAGGAGACGCAGGGGGAGGUAGAGCAGAAAUUGACGGAGGGGAGGAAGAAGGUGGAGGCUGAGUUGCAGGAGGCUUUGAACAAGUUGGAGGAGCAGAAGGAGGAGACCAUUAAGGCCCUUGACUCUCAGAUUGCCAAUCUCAGUGACCAGAUUGUCAAGAAGGUCCUUCCUCUCUGAGUGAGUGACUUGUUCUGUUUCUCUCUCUUUUUUUCUUUUUAUUUUUGGGGUAAUUUGGGAAUGGAAAUUGGAUGAUGUGUCUAUGAUUAUAAUGUAAUAAUGGUUUGUAAUUGGUUUUAGCCAACUUGAAUGAAUCUACUGUGUAUAAUUUCUUAUUGAGUUUUGACACAGAGACUGAGCUGUCACUUGUUGUUCAAUCAACUUG